GAGUGUGUGGGCUAAUUUUACAUUUCUGAAACUUAAUAAGUGGCGUUGAACCUAUUGCAAAACUCGGCAGUCGGCAUCACUACUUCUAGGGCUUUUGUCUAGCAGAAAGCAUCCAUACACUAAGGCAAAAAAGAAAACAAGACAGAAGAUGACAUCCAAGGUGAUGCUGAAGGCGAAGGGAAAGAACCCUAAGAAGCCCGCCGCCGAUGAGGACGCUGGAGCUGUGGCGGCAGUGUCAAGUUUCGUCAAGGAGUGGGGCACAUGGACUGCCAAAAAAGCCAAAGUAAUAACCCACUAUGGCUUCAUCCCACUUGUCAUCAUUCUCGGCAUGAACUCUGAACCCAAGCCCUCACUCUCCCAGCUUCUCAGCCCCGUCUGACCCCCCCCCCCCCCCCCAAUGGAAAUUACAGUUUUAGCCCUUAUGUAGGAGUUUGGGUUAUUUAUUAUUAGUCGAUUUGACUCUUAUUAGCAGCAGUUAAUUGUGUAAUGGAGUUGUGUUUUUGUUUUCUUACCUGUUUGUUAGUGGCUGCUAAUGUGUAAUGACGAAUAAAGGUGACUUUUUGAGAUAAUAACUAUUAGUCGAGUACCCAUAUGAGAAAUCAACCCUUUAUUUUGCGCAA